GACUCCUCGUUUACGCGACGCACACAACAGAGCUGAGAUGGCGAGCGGUAAAAAGAGUGCGACACUUUCUUCUUUAGCGGUUUAUGGAGAGUCCGAACCAGACUCAGACUCGGACUCGGAUGGAUCAGAGAGCAGAGCGGGAGGCCUGGUCUACGGCUAUGGGGAAGAUGGAGAAGACCUGAACAAGACCAAGGAUGCAGUGGACAAAGUUUCUGCCGAUGAAGACAGCGGAGGAAGCAACUCGGAGAUGGAAGAAUCUGACGAGGGGAGGGACGCAAAUGAUGUGGAGGUGACAGAAGCUGAAACCAGGGAUCCCAAUGAACUAGUUGCCCUGUUCUCAGAGAAGGUGAGGAACAUGUGUCCAGAUGAAAUCCAGAUUCCCCCUCAGCCCCCCGGACGCUGCUCCUCCCAACUGCAGGAGAAGAUCCACAAGCUGUACGAGAGAAAGCUCCAUGGAAACUUUGACACAAAUAGCCACAUUCAGAAGAAGAAAGAAUUUAGAAAUCCCAGCAUCUACGAAAAGCUGAUUCAGUUCUGUAGCAUAGACGAACUGGGAACCAACUACCCCAAAGACAUGUUUGAUCCGCACGGGUGGUCGGAAGAUUCUUUUUACGAAGCACUAGCCAAAGCCCAGAAAGUGGAGAUGGACAAACUAGAAAAAGCUAAAAAGGAGCGUACCAAGAUCGAGUUUGUGACGGGGACAAAAAAGGGAACCAAUGCCUCCAGUACCACAGCCUCCACUGCCAGCAGCACCAGCAGCACCACAGCCACCGCAGACGCACAGAAGAGGAAAAGUAAAUGGGACUCCGCGAUACCCGUGACCCAGCCCACCAUCAUCACGACCUCUGCCACGCUCCCCGCCGUCGUCUCUGUGACAACCACGGCCAGCGGCACCAAAACCACCGUCAUCUCCGCCGUGGGCACCAUCCUCAAGAAGGCCAAGCAGUGAUAAAAGCCCCGGGGGGGAUCUUUUGAGUGGAACAGACCUGCCUGUAGCGUAAUAUGGGACACUUUUAGGCUCUGUGCCAUUUCAGCCAUCACAUCUGCAGACUUUUUUGGACAUUUUUUUGACAUUUUUUUUCUACAACUUAGCAAAAAACUCUGAAAAUUAAUCUACAAUUUAAUGUAUGCCUUUCUUACAGGUCCUAUAUUACACUAAAUGUCUCUUUUUGGAACUUUAAGUCAUGUUAGAGCAUUGUUAUCUCUUCUAAAACACACCUAGAGUUGUGUUUUGUUUCAUUCACACAUGUUUGAUUAGUCCUGGAUUAUUAGUCUUGUCUCCAAAACUCAAAAUGUUCCACCUUACGAUGUCACGUAGUGGUAUUUUUCAAAUUAACAGCCACUUUUUACCUUUUAAUUCUGUAAACAUUGGCGAUUCCAGCACUUCCUGUAUUACCACAUGACAUCACAAGGUGGAACAGAGCGUUUUCUGUUUGAGAGAAGAACUGACCCUAAAUAUGCAGGGUUUGCGCAAAUGAAACAAAACACAACUACAGAAAUGUUGAUGAGGAAACAACGUUAUAACAGAUCAGAAAACGGCGUAAUGUGGGCCCUUAAAGGUGAAACCAUCAAAUCUCUGCCUAUUUAUCACUUUUUUAAAAACACGUCUAUAGAAAUGAUACAAGUUUGGUCAUCUGUUGCCAUCAAAAUGCUUAAACACGUUAAACAUAAUUUUCAUCCCUCUAAUUAUUUACAGUGAUGAUGUUUUUAUACCUGUACAUAUGUAUUUCUCAGAAGGUGAAUAAACAGUUCUGAUGUUGCCUUUUCACAUAUCU